UCACGGGGGCGCUCUCGGGGGAGUUGAGGUCCCCUGCGCUCCGAGCCCCUGCUCUGCGCCCUUGGUCCCACGACCUCCGCCGGCGCAGGCUGCGGGGUGGUGCGCUGGCCCCGCCGGCCGUCGAGGGGCGCGCUUUGCGGAGACCGGUGAAUCCCUCGGAUCACGCUCCGGCGGCACUGAUCGAGGAGACUCAGCGCUCCGGGGGCAGGAGAGAAAGUCACCGAGUGCCCUGUGCGCUCCAGAGCCCCGACGUGCGGCGGCCGGCCGAGCCCCGCGCGCUCCCCGCGUCGGCCCCUCGCUCCGCGGUGGGGAUGCGAAAGAGGCUUAGGACUUCGAGGUCCGAGUCGGCCGCGCCCGGAGCUUCGGGUUCCAGGCACUGUGCCUCUCGGUGGCGCACGCCGCGUGCGUGGCCUUGGCCUCGGUGACAGCGGCCGGUUGGCUGUCACGGCGGCCCUCAGUUGGCCCUUUCCUGCUUAUAGCGUGCAAACCUCGCCGCGCUGGGGCCAAGGGACAAGUUGGAGCUGUUGAUCUGUUGCGCAAUUGUUAUUUUCCCCUGGGCGGCUUUGUGUUUGGAUUUAGCAUUUCAGAAUUGCAAGUCCAAAAUGUAUAAGGCAGGAUAUUCUGUUCUGUGCUGUCAAGGGACAUGGAUUUGAUUGACAUACUCUGGAGGCAAGAUAUUGAUCUUGGGGCAAGUCGAGAAGUAUUUGACUUCAGUCAGCGACAGAAGGAGUAUGAGCUGGAGAAACAGAAAAAACUUGAAAAGGAAAGACAAGAACAACUCCAAAAGGAGCAAGAGAAAGCCUUUUUUGCUCAGUUGCAACUAGAUGAAGAGACAGGUGAAUUCCUCCCAAUUCAGCCAGCCCAGCAUAUCCAGCCAGAAACCAGUGGAUCUGCCGACUACUCCCAGGUUGCCCACAUUCCCAAACCAGAUGCCUUGUACUUUGAUGACUGCAUGCAGCUUUUGGCAGAGACAUUCCCAUUGGUAGAUGACGAUGAGGUUUCUUCACCAACAUUUCAGUCUCUUGUUCCCGAUAUUCCCAACCACAUCGAAAGCCCAGUCUUCACUGCUCCUAAUCAGAGUCAGUCACCUGAAACUCCUCUUGAGAUAGCCAUGGGUGACAUAGACAAUACACAGCAAGACAUUGAGGAGAUUUGGCAGGAGCUGUUUUCCAUUCCAGAAUUACAGUGUCUUAAUAUUGAAAAUGACAAGCUGGUGGAGACUACCAUGGUUCCAAGCCCAGAAUCCAAACUGACAGAAAUUGACAACAGUUACUUCUACUCGUCAGUCCCCUCACUGGAAAAAGUAGUAGGAAGCUGCAGUCCAGAGUUUCUUAAUGCUUUUGAGGAUUCUUUCAGCAGCAUCCUCUCCACAGAAGAUCCCAACCAAUUGACAGUGAACUCAUUAAAUUCAAAUUCCACAUUAAGCACAGAUUUUGGUGAUGAAUUUUAUUCUGCUUUCAUAGCAGAACCUAGUAUCAGCAACAGCAUGCCCUCCUCUGCUACUGUAAGCCAGUCCUUCUCUGAACUUUUAUAUGGGCCCAUUGAUGUUUCUGAUCUAUCACUUUGUAAAGCUUUCAACAAAAACCACUCUGAAAGCACAGCAGAAUUCAAUGACUCUGAUUCUGGCAUUUCACUGAACACAAGUCCCAGCAUAGCAUCACCAGAACACUCAGUAGCUUCUUCCAUCUAUGGAGACCCACCACCUGGCUUCAGUGAUUCGGAAAUGGAAGAGCUAGAUAGUGCACCUGGAAGUGUUGAACCUAAUGGUCCCAAAACACAGCCAGUAUAUUCUUCUGGGGAUACCGUGCAACCUCUGUCACCAUCUCGAGGGCACAGUGCUCCCGUGCAUGAUGCUCAGUGUGAAGACACACCAAAGAAAGAAUUGCCUGUAAGUCCUGGUCAUCGAAAAACCCCAUUCACAAAAGACAAACAUUCAAGCCGCCUGGAGGCUCAUCUCACCAGAGAUGAGCUUAGGGCAAAAGCUCUCCAUAUCCCAUUCCCUGUAGAAAAAAUCAUUAACCUCCCUGUUGAUGACUUCAAUGAAAUGAUGUCCAAGGAGCAAUUCAGUGAAGCUCAAGUUGCACUAAUUCGAGAUAUACGUAGGAGGGGUAAGAAUAAAGUAGCAGCUCAGAAUUGCAGAAAAAGAAAACUGGAAAAUAUAGUAGAACUUGAGCAAGAUUUAGGUCACUUAAAAGAUGAAAAAGAAAAAUUACUCAGAGAAAAAGGAGAAAAUGACAAAAGCCUCCAUCAACUGAAAAAACAACUCAGCACCUUGUAUCUCGAAGUCUUCAGCAUGCUACGUGAUGAAGAUGGACAACCUUAUUCUCCUAGUGAAUACUCCCUGCAGCAAACGAGAGAUGGGAAUGUAUUCCUUGUUCCCAAAAGUAAGAGGGCAGAUGUUAAGAAAAACUAGAUUUGGGAAGAUUUGCCUUUUCUGAGCUAUUUUUGUUUUUUGUACUGUUAUACUAAAAGCUCCUACUAUGAUGUGAAAUGCAAGAAAGUAUGCAUAAAUAAUGCAUAAGUAAUUCUAUGCAAAAAUUAUAGCCAAAACUAGUAUAGAAAAUAAGAAACAUUAAAAAGCAUUAAAAUAUCAGUACGUUGAAUCAGUAGUUUAAGGUAUUUGGGCUUGUUUCUGUGUAAGUGUAAAUACUACAAAGUUUCUUAUUUAUACUGUUCUUAUCUCAUUUGUUACAUUCAUAGAUUUAUAUGAUGAUAACAACAUCUGGCUAGAAACAAAUUGAUGGAAAACUAACCACUAUGUACUUUUUUUAUAAAUACUGUAUGAACAAAAAAUUGCAUUUUUUAUAUUAAAUUGCUUAGUUCUGGGAAAAAAUGUAAGAGCUGGUACUAAUAAAGGAAUAUUAUGACACAUUU